AUGGCAGACCAGAAGCCAGACGACCACAUGGCCACGGCCAAAACAAGCGUCGAGUCGCAAUCCCGCGGCGCGACAGCCCAAGCCCUCGCAAUGGACCCUCAGCAUCGCGCCGCCGUCGAAAAGCGAAUGAAGCGCAAGCUCGAUACCCGUUGCGCCCUCUUCGUCCUCAUCUACAUCAUGAACUACCUCGAUCGCAAUAACAUGGCCGCCGCCCGUCUCAAGGGUCUCCAGGAGGACCUCAACCUGAGCUACAACCAAUACGCAACCUGCUUGAGUAUUCUGUACGUCGGGUACAUCCUCAUGCAGGUCCCCUCCAACAUGUUCAUCAACCGCAUCCAGCGUCCUUCGCUGUACAUUUCUGCCGCCAUGUUGCUCUGGGGUCUUAUUUCUACACUCAGCGGUAGCGUGCACAACUUUGCCGGAAUGGUCUGCAUUCGAUUCUUUCUCGGUUUCGUUGAAGCCGCUUUCCUACCUGGUGCGCUGCUCAUUCUGUCCAAAUGGUACACCCGAAGCGAACUCACCAAGCGCAAUGCCAUUCUCUUCUGUGGUAACCUCAUCUCCAACGCCUUCUCCGCCCUCGUCGGCGCGGGGGUUUUGUCCAAUAUGCAGGGUGUGCUGGGCCACGCUGCAUGGCGAUGGCUGUUCUGGAUCGAGGGCGCCAUCACCAUGGGUGUCGCCGUGUCUGCUGCCUUUAUUCUCCCCGACUUGCCUCACAACUCACGUGGUUUCACCGAGGAGGAGAGACAGGUUGCACAAUUGCGCAUGGUGGAAGAUGUUGGUGAGGCGGAUGAGGAUUCUCGUGAGGAGAGCGCCUUUUACGGUCUCAAGCUUGCUGUGAAGGAUGUCAAGAUUUACAUCAUGAUGCUUACCUUUACUGCAUAUGUUGUUGGACUUUCGUUCAAUGCCUUUUUCCCCAGUUUGACCCAGACGCUUGGAUUCGGUUACGUUCCCACUCUUUUGAUGAGCGCGCCUCCAUGGGUCUUUUCUUGUAUUGUCUCGGUCAUCAACGCUUGGCACUCUGACAAGACAGCCGAAAAGUUCUGGCAUAUUGUCGGCCCAAUUGGUGUCGGAACAAUUGGUUUCAUCAUCAGCAUGGCCACCGAAGCCGUCGCAGCGCGUUACCUCGCCCUCUUCCUCCAAGCAUCAUCCUACGCCGGCUUCAUCGUCUUUUACUCGUGGAUCUCGUCUUCAUUCCCCCGACCACCCGCCAAGCGCGCUGUCGCGAUUGCCAUGAUCAACGCGUUCAGUCAAUUGGGUAACGUGGCUGGUUCAUACGUGUGGGAUCUCAAGGAGAACGGGUACCGAAAGAGUUACGGCAUUGUGCUGUCCAUGUUUGGUGUGACGGUGUUGGGAUGUUACAUCUUUAGACUGGUGCUGAUCGACCUCAACAAGAAGCUUGAGAGGGGAGAGGCGACUGCUUGGGAGACGAGACAGGAUGUGGCUGCGCAUACUGCUGCGGUUGAGGUCAUGGAUAGCCCUGAUGAGGCUUUGAGGAUGAAGCGGGAUUUCCGAUACCUUAUUUAG